UUAGUGGUUCAUUCACCAUUUUGUGACUGUAGUGAAAAAGGAUUCAUAUAGUUUUUAAUCCCUGUCUGAGUUGCUGUUGGGAGGGGGGCAAAGAUGUUUAACGGAGGACCGACAGAAAGUAAAAUUCCCGACAGAAAGAAGACAUGGACGGACGUCGCACGCCACUUCGGACUAAACGGGAGAGCCCAUCUGCAAUUUGCCCCGUAAAUCCAUCGGUUAGCACGUAUUUUUGCUGUUUUUGGUUGUUGUGAGAAAAAGCAGUACAAACAACCUCAAAAGAGCCUAUUAAAAGACAGAAGGACAACAAAUUGGAGACAUAUCCUAAAGUUGCCGAAACGAAAAAAUGAGGCCACCAAAGAAACAGAGAGGACGCUCUCCUUUAUCAGCAAGAGCAAAAGGAGCGAGAAAACGUGCCAGCAAGCUUGAUGGACAUUCAAGAACAACACAGCCUGCACUUUCACCCCAGAAACAAACAUCUAAAGCAGACAGCGCUCAGGACAAGCAAAUCAAGAGUAACAACAUCCCAAACAGGGAUGGGCUUAGAGAACAAAUAAGAGAAAGAACAAUGGGAACAUCAAAAGCCGAGGAAAACAUAGUUAUAGGAAAUAAGGCAAAGAGCCCAAGGAACAUUAUCACGAAGAAUUUAGCAGAAAAUACAGACUCAAUUAAGAUAGCCAGCAAUGCACAUGAAAAUGUAUACAGUAAUAGCACAGACAUAUCUAACACAGAUACACAAAACUCUUCUAGCACAAUCAGUAAAGGUAGCAACCAACAUGCGAGCAGCACACAAAAUACAAACUCUAUAGCCAGUGGUUUAAAUAAAAGCAACUCUUUCAGUGCCAACCACACUACCACAACACUCUCCAGUCGAAAAACAGCCACUUUUAAAGCCAGGGUGCCCAAGAAGAAAUACAUGUAUGAACAUCAGGCUUCCACUAUCUCUCCCAUCAGUUUAACCCCUGACUUUCCCUCAAACACUCUUUAUAGCAACCAUCUAGGUUCCUCACACUCCUCAAUUCCUCAGAACAGUACUGUAACGGAUUUGGUUAAAACAGAGAGUUCUGAUCUGGAAAUAAGUAGAAAUAGCAGUAAAGAAAUAGGCAAAAUUGCAAGCACAGAAUCUCAGAAAGAAAAUGAAGCUAUGGGUAAUUUAAUGAAAAGCAAGGUGGCAUCUGCAGGAGAGAAGGUUGUGCAAACUGCAGAGGCAGAUGGAUAUGGGGAGCAAGCCCCAAAUUCCGUGCGUUCAUCAUCUACAGACACAGCCAGUGAACACUCUCUGGAUCUAGAGGUGCUAGAGCCCUCCGGCGUGCAACAAAAUUCAGGGAGUCAUGUAAGGGGAUCAGAAAGACUGCUGCCUAACAAUUCAACCCUGCCUGACCAACAGAACGCACAGAGAGGAUCUGCAGCAAUAUCAGAAGCACUAGCUAAAGGACUGAAAAACCAAAGAGUGCUUGCACGUAGACGUCCAAGAACUAAUGAAAAAGAAGGCGGGACCCUAAACAAGGAAUGUGUAUUUUUUUGCGGUGUGGUGCGUGGGUCCAAUAAAGAGCAGUUGAAUGUAGAGUUGCAGGUUAAUGGGGAGAGAAUGCUGCUCUCAUAUCCAUAUCAUACAUUAGUUAGUCGCCCACACCAACCCAUUGACCUCAUUUUAGACGCCCCACCCCCAGGAAAUGAACUUGUGGAGGUUGGGACGCGUGUUUGUGUGCCUUACAGAGGAGAUAAAGGUAAAGAGUGCUUCAGAGAAGGUGUGGUGGCUCAGGUAGACUCUCAUUCAGCUGUUGCAUUCCCCUACAUGGUGCUUUUACAGGAGGAGCCGGAGCAAAAGAAAGAGAAGUGCACCAGUAAGGAGUCACAACAGACAUCAAGUAAUCAGACUGUUUGGGUGGCCCGCCAAAACCUGCGGCUCCUUGUUCCACCAUGGGAUGGGGUUAUGAGAGAGAAAGAGCGAGAGGAAAGAGAGCACAUGGAGGAGAUGGAAGUGGAGAGGGAGCUAUGUCAGUUAAGUGAGGGAUUGGAAACUGCGGGUCCUCUCAGGGAAAACUGCAGAUUCCCAUCUCCAGGGGUUCAUCGCUAUGAAAGCACACAUCUUUCAUCUUCCACUUCACCAGCAGUUGUGAUGGUAGCAAAAAAUAUUUUUAGUAUAGCAGCUAGGAAAGUGUGUGAGGAAACAGGGAAUAGAGAAAGAAUUAGAGAAAGAGAGCAUGAGCGAAAACAAUUGCAGACCCCAGAGGUGGACAUGGAAGUUUUACAGCUUAACAUGACACCUCUUCGAGUUGGAGGACCCUUAGUCUCAGGGGAGCCAAAAAGUGGGCCUAAUAACCACAGACACAUUCUUUCCAAACCUCCUGGGUAUCCAAGUCCCAUUACAGUGAUGCGAGGCACCUCUGGGACAUCUUUAGGAAGUCCACAGCCAGCCCCUUUACCUGUAAUUUUAGGGUCUGAUGGAGGGAUCUCUCAUCAUAUGCCACCCUCUGUGCCUCCUUCCCCUAACUCUAGGGGGUCUUUGACACCUCUGGAAAAGACUCCUACACAGUCACAGACCUCCACCCCCAUUCCAGGGAGUUCUGCCUCAUCUUCUGCUUCUUCCUCAAGAUCAAGAACACCUUUGUCAGCUAACCAACAGAAAUACAAAAAAGGUGAUGUGGUCUGUACACCUAAUGGAAUCCGUAAGAAGUUCAACGGGAAACAGUGGAGGCGUUUGUGUUCACGGGAAGGUUGCAUGAAAGAGUCCCAACGUCGUGGUUACUGUUCUCGCCAUCUGUCCAUGCGUACCAAAGAAAUGGAGGGAGCAGCUGGAGAGAGAGGGAUUGGAGGUGGUGGAGGGAGCAGCUCAGGGACUGUCACCCCUUCAGAUCUGCGGGGUCGUGCUAGCAGUGAAUUUGAUUGGGAUGAGACUUCACGGGACAGCAGUGAAACAAGCAGCCGAGGUACUGACUCUCGCCCACGUCUUGGAUUGCCAUCACUGCUUCCUCAGGAUUUCUCUCGCUUUGACUUUGAUGAGUGCGAAGCUGCAACUAUGCUGGUAUCCCUGGGCAGCUCAAGGUCUGUAACACCCUCAUUCUCACCAAUUUCCAAUCAGUCCCCAUUCUCACCUACACCUUCUCCAUCUCCUUCACCACUUUUUGGUUUUCGCCCUGCAAACUUCAGCCCCAUCACUGCCUCACCAGUUCUGCCUCCCCGCCGCCACAGACAGCCCAGCGGUACAAACAGUUGUGCUGCAAAACAUGGAACAGGAGGUCUAGAGAGGGAAAAGGACAGACACUUGUCUGGUAUUGUGCCAUCCUUCCACACCAGUCUAACUUUCACUGUACCCAUGAGCCCGGGCAGACGCAGGACGGAUGCCCCACCUCCCCCAACUUCACUUUCACAGGAAUGUGCCAAACCUGAUCAGGAACAAAUCAGCCAUGAUCCUUCUCUUGUAACAAAUGUCUGCAUUAUCACUCCUCAAACAACUACUGUCACACUCCCACAAAGACUUCCUUCAACCACUGCCUCUUCCCCACCAGCUUCACCCUUGAUCGUAGAGUCAGGUUCACAGUGUACAGUCUCUCAGCAACCUUUGAGAGAUUCUCCGGUAAUAGUGAGAAAUCCCGAGGUUCCUCUAAUAAAGUUUACAGAACUUCCACUGGCUAGAGUUGCAGAGGUGGACAGGACCAUUUCCACAGAAAAUAACCAAAAUGGUGUACAGUCAAUGACAGGAUUACAGGUUCCUGUACCAAUUAACGCUUCUUCCACUAAUGGACCAGUCUUACUGCAAAACCCCUCCUCAACUCUUGUUCUAGUGUCUACUACCUCUUCCAUUCUAAACCCAAACCCUGCAGGUCUACCUACGCAUUCCAGCGCCACCUUGGCCUGCAUUUCAGUGCCUAGCCCUGCCCCAGGGCCUGGUUUCAUUGGUGCAGAUUGUGGAGGAGGACAGGAUAAGAGUGGUCCAGUGAUGGUGCAGCAGCCUGUCCCUUGUCAUCCUGCUCCCACUGCUUUGCUGCCACUCAUACUUCCCACAGAGACCCUGCACCCUGUGCCAUGUAAAGAAAUCAUCAUGGGGCGACCUGGAACUGUGUGGACUAAUGUUGAGCCCAGAUCGGUUCCAGUCUUUCCUUGGCAUUCAUUGGUUCCUUUCCUGGCACCCACCCAAUCAGAUCCAUCGGCUCAACCUGGUGAGGGCCAACAAACUGUCAGUCAUCCGCAGACAGCCUCUCUGAAAAAGGAGUCUCAGAGUGGCUCAGUGCUAAAGGAGAUUAUAGAGGGGGCACCAAAUCCUUCUUCACGCCCCGCUCCCUCCGUCGACGAACUGCCCCCGGAGAGGGAGAAGGAUGUGGAGCGGGAGAGACCCGACAGUGAAACCGAAAGUGACGUGGAUGAUGCGUUUUUCCCCGGUGUUCUUCCUGAUCCGCCAAUCCCGGCAUCUCCUGGAAAGCGUAGAUCUCAGUCCCUCAGUGCACUGCCCAAAGAUGACAAAAACAGUCCUGGCAAGAGGGAAAAAGAUCACAUACGCCGGCCCAUGAACGCUUUCAUGAUAUUCAGCAAACGCCAUCGUGCGCUGGUUCAUCAGAGACAUCCAAACCAGGACAACCGCACGGUCAGCAAGAUACUUGGAGAGUGGUGGUAUGCCUUGGGACCCAAAGAAAAACAAAAGUACCACGACCUCGCAUUUCAGGUGAAGGAGGCACACUUUAAGGCACAUCCUGACUGGAAGUGGUGUAAUAAGGACAGGAAGAAAUCCAGCAGUGAGGGGCGUGGCAUUCCAGGGGGAAAAGAGAUCCGUGAGCGGAGCAUGUCAGAAACCACAGAACCACCAACUGUCUCAAUGGGGGUGGAGCUUAAAGGGGUGGGACCCGGAAUGGUGUCAGAGCGAAGUGGAGGUGAGGGACACAGUCAACUGACCCGGCCCCGUGCCUUCUCUCAGAGCGCCAUGCAUACUCUGGAAAGGAGCGAGAGAGCCAAUCCACAGGCUUUAGCUGAGCUCGCACAGAUGUGUGGUGAUGGAGGUCAAGUUUCUGGGCGCGGUGCUCUCUCUCAGACGCAGAGGGGGGUAAGUGAAGACAUGACCAGUGACGAAGAGCGCAUGGUCAUCUGUGAGGAAGAGGGAGAUGAUGAUGUCAUUGAGGACUCAUACCCAGGAAGCUCUAUUGACUUGAAGUGUAAGGAGAGGGUGACGGAUAGCGACAGUGAAAAUGGAUCUGGAGAUGAAGGAGAACGCAAGAGGGUUUUUGCUCCAGUGAUUUGCUCCUCAUCUUACGGCCCGGGUAGUGGUCGAAGCGUAUCUCUGUCCUCGUAUCCCACCUCCAGACCCUUUAGCGAUGUUUCCUCAAAGAGGAAGCGGACAAUAGAGGGAGGUGAUGGAGAACGAAGGGAAGGUGAAGGUGUGUCGCAGUCUCUCCCACAGUCCUCCAUGGGUCAGUCCAUCCUGGUCAGCUCUGGUGGAGGGGUGUCGUCAGUACUGGGAGCAGUUAGAGUGGCAUCCACUGUUGUUACCAAUGUGGUGCGUCCAGUCAUCAGCACGCCAGUGCCGAUCGCCAGCAAGUCCCCACACGACAGGAAACUGGCCCCGCCCCAAACGCAACUUCUUAUCGGACCUGGUGCCACAGGAAAUGUGCAGACAGCUGCUGCUGGAGGGGGUGGGUACUAUUCCUCAUCAUCGCCCAAUCCUAUUGCAUCAGCAGGUCAAGGCGGGCUGGUGACCAAUCUAGUUUUGGGAGGCACAUUUCAAGCCCCACCCACUGUACAGCUCGUCACACCUCCUUCACAAAACCCCGCCUGCCCUGCAUCGGCUCCACUUACUCAUAGUAAUGGUCCACUGCCUCUGUCUGUGCUGCAGCCUCACGUUCUGCCCUCUGCCUCAUUAGCGCCCUCAUCAGGCCAAAAACCGAUAACGCAGGUCCAGUACAUUCUCCCAACCCUCUCAACCAACAAUCCCAAGAGCCCCUCCCCUCAGCAAGCCAGUCAGCCAACCAGUAUCUUCACCCUACCCACAGCUCUACCCACCCAUGCUUCCUUGGCAAAUGGGAAACAGUCGGGAUAUGUCUCCAAUCCUGCUGUGGGAGUGGUUAACCCAGGAGCCAGAGUGCAAACACAGUCACCAGUCUUGCAGGGCAAGAUGCUGGUUCCCAUGGCAACAGUGAGGGCUGCUCCUGCCCCUUCUCAGCAGUUUCCCUUGGUAGCCCCUCCUCUUCCUGUACAGAAUGGAGCACAGGCAGGAAGCAAGAUCAUACAGAUUGCUCCCAUGCCUGUCGUCCAGUCUCAGCUCCCAUCUGCCGGACCAGUGCAACCCGGAAGCCCCUUUUCUGUUACUAUGGGAACAGCUACAGUGGUCGCCCCAGGCUCUACCCCGUCUCAGACGGUGCUGCUACCACCCCCACCUACAAGAAUCACUUAUGUACAGUCCACUCCUGGGGUUCCCUCUCCUUUGCCAUUAGUUCCCAUGACAACAGGCUCCUCCUCUCAGGCAGCUUCAGGAACACCUGGAUCUGCUUAUGUGCCAUCGCCCUUGCCAACAUUUGCAGCGAUUGCUCAUCCAGGACAGGCUAUGGUGCAGCCACUGAUUGCAGCAGGUCAGCCAUCUCUGCUUGCCCCAGCCCAGUCACCCAGUGCCCCUCACGCUUCAGCCAUCACCACCAUCUACACCCCCACAAGUGUGACUUUGGCAUCCGGGGUGGUGUCUAUGGCGACGGUGUCACCCAGUGUGGUGUACACCGUGUCCAGUCCUUCUAGCCUGUCUCCCCACAUCCUUCCUAAACACACCACAACAAACUCCGUGGCCUCAGAUAGGCAGGGGAACGUGCCAUUACACUCUGAGCGUCAGCUGCACCAGGACAGAGCACCUGACCGGCAACAUGCCGACGGCAUGUACCCACAAUCCUCUGACAGACAGUCGGAGAAGAUCUCGGUCACUCAGAUGGACAAACAGUUCCAGGCCCCAAGUAAAAGCAGCUCAGCUGCUCCCCCGCCAGGAUCUUCAGUGCCAUUGCAGCCUGGGAGCCCAGCUCCACCCUCUCAUCCUGGCAGUGCUCCUGGUACCCCCAAACUGAUCACAGCAAGGCCUCCUCAGAAGGUGAAAGCCACAGUGGCUAACAUCCCUGUGGGCAGCUAUGAUGGAGGAGGAAGAGGAAAAGAGAGAGAAAAGGAGAGGGAUCGGGAGAAAGAGAGAGAACAAGAUAAGGACAAAGAUGGUGGGAGUCGAUUCUCAUUCGAGGUAGACAAGGCGAGUGAGACCAGCUCCCCUGCUGCCCUUCCACCAGAGGAGGGGACAGCAGAAGGCACCUCCCACUCUGUGGCGGAGAGCGGUCCUGCCAGUGGGCGUGGCAAAGAGCCAAGCGCCAAAGAUGUUAGGCCCCUUAACCUGACUGCACACUCUGUAUUGGAGAGCAGUCCUGCGAGUGGACGUGGCAAAGAGGCAAGCGCCAAAGAGGACUCCUGUCCUUCCUCCCCAUUACCUCCUCCAUCUGGAUCAGAUCCUGCUCAGCCACACAGUGAUAAAGAUGCACCACCUGCUAAAAAAGUCAAGGCUCGCCCCCCACCUCUCAAACGACCAUUUGAUUCUGUUGACAGGGUCCUGUCGGAUGUGUACUUUGAGGAGCGCUUUGCGGAGCUGCCUGAAUUCCGUCCAGAGGAGGUUCUGCCCUCUCCGACCCUGCAGAGUCUCGCCACCUCCCCACGAGCCAUAUUGGGCAGCUACCGCAGGAAGAGAAAAAACUCCACCGACUUGGACUCAUCCACUGAAGAUCCCAUCUCUCCUAAAAGAAAAAGCCGUCGCAGAUCUAGCUGCAGUUCAGAGCCCAGCACACCUAAAAGUGCUGCCAAGUGCGAGGGGGACAUUUUCACCUUUGAAAGGCCAGAUGGAGAGGACAUACUGGGGGAGUUGGAGUUUGAUAAGGUGCCCUACUCCUCUCUUAGGAGGACUCUUGAUCAAAGGAGAGCUCUCGUUAUGCAGCUAUUCCAGGAACAUGGCUUCUUCCCCUCAGCUCAAGCUACUUCUGCGUUCCAGGCGAGAUAUGCUGAUAUCUUCCCCACGAAGGUGUGCUUACAGCUCAAGAUCCGCGAGGUCCGACAGAAGAUCAUGCAGACGGCAGCCCCAUCGGAAUCGCCUGGCAUUUCAGACCCUUUGUCGUUACCGGGACCUUCCGGGGCAAUGCCCGGUGAAAGAGGUGGAGGGACUGACCCUCAGGAGAAAGAAGCCGAGAGAGAGGGAGAGCUAAACAGCCAAGAGGAGCCCAGAAACGCUGGCGAUUCCCAGGACUCCACCAGAUGAGGUUGAUGGACAGCUGGAAAGAGAGAUUGAAGAGCAGAACUCUCCCCUCAACAUCUGCAUAAUCCACAUUUGUUGUCUUGUCUCUGCUCAGAAGGAUGUGCUGCAGACGUGCACAUUUUUCAAUGGAGCAGAUGAGGGGAGAAAAUUGGGGUGUUGAACCUUAAUUCCUCAGUAUUUUAUGUUGCUAAACAAACAAUUUCAAAUAAGUUACAUAAGACUUACAUACAUAAAGACAUUUGCAUACACCUCUGUGCAUCGUCCUAAAUGUACACACUUGAAUUUACAGCAUUAUAUUAGUCUUUAGGCUUCCUUUGGAGGAUUGUGGGCACGUCCUAAGUCAGUGAUGUCACGCUGUUGAUGCGUCUAGAAGGUGGGACACACGAGGGCACCCAAUCCCUUUUAAGACUGAGUUUUGUUUUUAUGGCCUGAUUGGCAGUAGCUUGGCCACUGGUUUUUUAUUGGCUCACGGGUUGCUGCCGGUCAUUGUGAGGCUGGCCUCCAUUGGCUGAGUUUAAGUGAUAAUGAAGACUUUAAUUUUUGAUAUUUUCUUUCAUGGAAAGCUUUGUUAAGGCACUGAAUACCUUUGAUGAGGGACUCAUUUUGAACCGUGUGCUGCCAUUCGCAAACCUUUUCAUCCUAUGAUUGGCUCGAGUGGUUGUCAGUCAAACUGGAUUCAUUCCAAAGCCUGUGAUUGGCUAGCCAUGAAGGAAAAAGGUGAAGGAAGGGAAGUCAACAGGCACAUUAUUGCCCUUGAUUUAUGUUUUUUUUUCCAUAUAUUAAGAGAUUCCACAUAUUUAAACAUUUCUCUACCUACCGUUUUUGUAUUUUACUUUUCAUGCGCUGGUGAACCACGGAGCAAGGAGAAUGUCUGGAAUAUAUUAAGAAUUUACUCUUAAGAAUUGUUAUUAAUGUUUUAGAGAAAGACACUUGAUUUUCAGCACACUUCUAAAGGUCAUUAUGUUAUCAAAUUUCUCAUUAUUACUGUUCUUAUUAAUGUUUUGUUGUUCUUGUGGAUCAGAUCCUUAUAACCGAUAUAAUACUGUAUUCCUAUUAUUAAUAUACUCGUUUAUUUUUAGCAGAAACAGAGAUGAGUUUAGGUGUGAAGAAAUAAUUCUCCACCUCUACCCUCCCUCCUAGAGGCACUUCCACUACUUUCUUUAGCAUUUUUGUAAUUUCUUGAUAUUCACGUGUUUCUUACCAAAAAAGUAAUUACAUAGGCUUUUAUGUCAGUCACUCCAAUUCUCAUUCUGGCAGUUAUUCUAGUUAUUUUUUAUUCACCACUUACAUUCCUCUCCUUCCUCAUUCCUUUCUGUCACUUUAUGAUUCUUUCCUCAAUCACUUUAG